CAAUCACUCAGGAACCUUCUGCCAUGAGUGUAUGUAGCGAGGAACUCCUUGCCACUUCAUUUUCCAACUGUCUUUGAAAAGAAUGGUCUGCCCCCCGAGCUACGCUGUGCGUGUCGCUAUCCGCAACUCGAGCGCGACGCCCAUCGCUGUUGAGGCCGUCUUCGGCUCGGACCACCAAGCCGCCGAUGGGAAGGACUUCAUCCGCGAGCGCGUCACGGUCGCUCCGCAUGACACCGUCGUUCUUGGCGAGCACGAAUACAACAUGGGUUCGUGGACUGCCCACGCAGCCGUGUACGCCGUGCACGCCACGCACCCACGGUCGAACGCUCGUGCGUCGUGGUCGCCGCAACUCUCGAGCGGUAUCGUCGACGUCGUGACGGUCGAGCUCGGCGCGGAUGCCCACAACGUGACGCUGCGCCAGAGUUAAGAACACCAAUAUCACGUGGUUUGCAUCGCCAAGAGGACAAACCUGCACAAACAUACAUGGUCACACGUCAGUGAAAGAGUUAAGUGGAUAGAUCCGUUUUUCAAUUGGUACAUAGUGUUUAAAAUCUCACACGAAGAACGAUUCGCGCUUGGUACUUGCAGC